GGCCACGUGGAGGUCCUCGAGCGGCUCUUGGCCGCGAAAGCCACGGUGGACGCAGAGGACCGGCACGGCCACAGACCUCUCCACCUUGCGGCCUUAAUGGGCCGCGUGGAGGUUCUCGAGCGGCUCUUGGCCGCGAAAGCCACGGUGGAGGCAGAGGAUAGGAGCGGCCACAGACCUCUCCACUAUGCGGCCGAAAAUGGCAACGUGGAGGUCCUCGAGCGGCUCUUGGCCGCGAAAGCCACGGUGGAAGCGGAGGAUGGGUUCCGCCGAAGACCUCUCCACUAUGCGGCCAAAAAUGGCCGCGUGGAGGUUCUCGAGCGGCUCUUGGCCGCGAAAGCCACGGUGGAGGCAGAGGAUAGGAGCGGCAAGACCCCAUUUGACCUGGCCAAGGAGAAGGGCAAGGAGAAGGUGAUGGGUGUGCUGCGUCCCGUCCGCGUGCUGCUUUUGAGUGGGGAUGCCGUGCCCUGUGACCCUCAACCUGAUCGCACAGUUAGGGACCUCCGAGAAGAAGUGCAGAAGAAGCUGAAGCUUCAGGACACCGAGAUGCAGCUGAUCGCAAGUGCCGGCGAAAAGUUGCGAGAUGAACAGACGCUCGGCGAAGCCAGGGUGAGCUACAGCGGCUCCCUCACUGCGGAGAUCGUGGCUUGA